AGUGGCUUCAUGGAGAGCAUCCACGCCUCCGUCUAAAUGUGUGUGCGUGUGAUGGUGUGUACGUGUGCCGCGUGCGUGUAUGUGUGUGUUCCUUGCUUGUGCGUAAAGUCACCGAGCCUUGAAGAAAAAGUAAAUAACACAUCGAGUUCAUUAAUGGACCGGUGAAACGAAGCUGGAUUACAUUGUGGGGAGUUUUCGUGAUCUCUUGGAAGGUUGAGCAUCCUGUUGAUUUUUUUUUUUUUGCUGUAUUUUUAUUUAUUUUUUGACAUUGAGGGUAUUCACAGUGAGUCCAGAUGUUAAUUCACACCUAUUCAGCUAUGGAGCGCGCAGACGGACUGAGCAGCUCCUCACCGAGCGGGCGCCUCUCCCAGUUGUCCUCCCUCAACCAGGCCGCCUACUCUUCGGCUCCCCCCCUCUGCCACACUCCGGCCUCCGACUUCCAGCCCCCUUACUUCCCUCCCCCGUACCCGCAAUCCUCCCUGUCAUACUCCCAAAGCCAGGACUCGGCCUACUCCCACCUGUCGGACCCUUACCCCUCCAUUAACUCCAUACAUCAACAUCAGCAAGCCGCAUGGCACUCGCAGAGGUCGCGCUCCGACGAAGCGGGGCUUUUAUCGCAAACGCACCGGGCUCUCGGGCUCGAUCCCCGGAGGGAUUAUGCGGCUGUCCCCCGCCUGCUCCACGGUCUCGGGGAAGGAGCCGCCGCCCUGGGAGACGGACCCCUCGGGAUGCACAUAGGACAUCACGGCCUGGAUGAGCUUCAGGGAAUGGAGGAAGGAUCAGCCUUGGGCAUCCUGGACCACUCUGUCAUUAAAAAAGUUCCCAUCCCAUCCAAGCUGAACGGUUCUUCCCUGUCCGCCUUAUCUCUCGGUAAGGACGGCCUCGGCAUGGGCGCCGUGUCCAACCCGGCCGAGGUUUUCUGCUCGGUGCCGGGCCGCCUGUCGCUUCUCAGCUCCACCUCCAAGUACAAGGUCACCGUCGGGGAGGUGCAGCGGCGACUCUCCCCACCCGAGUGCCUCAACGCUUCUCUGUUGGGCGGAGUCCUCCGCAGGGCCAAGUCCAAGAAUGGUGGCCGCUGUCUGAGAGAGCGUCUGGAGAAGAUUGGCCUCAACCUGCCCGCCGGGCGACGCAAGGCAGCCAACGUCACUCUGCUAACAUCUCUGGUGGAGGGUGAGGCCGUCCAUCUGGCGAGGGAUUUCGGAUACGUGUGCGAGACCGAGUUCCCCGCCAGAGCCGCCGCCGAGUAUCUGUGCAGGCAGAGCGAGCCCGACCAGCUUCCGACGCGACGCAGCAUGCUGCUCGCUACCAAGGAGAUCUGCAAGGAGUUUGUAGACCUCAUGUCCCAGGAUCGCUCGCCACUCGGGGGCAGCCGACCCAGCCCUUGCCUGGAGCCCAGCCUCCAGGGGAGCCUCACCCACUUCAGCCUGCUCACCCACGGCUUCGGAACUCCCGCCAUCUGCGCCGCGCUCUCCGCUUUCCAAAGCUACCUGAUGGAGGCCAUCAAAAUGCUAGACAAAGGAGACGGCGGAGGGAAAGGGCACCAUGACAAGGAGAUGAAGCAUCGUAAAUAAACAGGGC